AUGGAGACAAUGUGCCUCCUGGCAGGACGUGUGGUCGGAGGCCACUACAGAGACGAGUCUGUCACGAUCCAAAGUCUUCUUGAACGCAACCUUUCUUCAGAUAUUCAGAAGGUCCAGAUGUGUUUGCUGCUAACAAUAGCAUCGUAUGCGUCGUGUAAUCGAAGCUUUGGCGAUCAAGCACUCAAAACUGCCGCUGAUACAGCAUAUGCAAUUGGGCUCGACUCUGAAAACUUCAAGUGCGACAACAAUGCCAUCCUACGCGAAAGUUGGCGGAGGACUUGGUGGGAGCUGUAUACACUAGGCGGCCUGAUAUCUGUGCUAAACCCUUUCACUGAGCGAGUUCAUGCCGCCUCGGAUAGGCUGCUACCUAGUCCUGAAGAAGCUUACAGGAACUGCAUGAGUGCCGAAUCACGAACAUUAGAGCAGAUGCGUGACCGACACUUUGCAGAUGAUGGCUUCAAAUACUCCUCGUUCGCGUACAGGAUCGAGGCUGUUCGCAUAUUAAUGAUGAUUCUCGGUCACGCUCAGCAACAUUCGGCCCAAUACGAAGAUACCACGUCUCACGGCUGCAGUGCCGCCAUCAAAACAUUUAUGCUGUCACUUCCCGCUCCGAAACAGUCUACUAUCGAGCGCAAUUCUACAGACGAGAUGAUGGAAUGUGCCAUCAUGACCAUCAACCUAGCCAGCAUUAUUCACCAUACUCCUCGGUCAGGACUCCUUACAGUCAGAAGUUUCGACACAGUAUGCACGACAUCCGAGCCUUCCAGGUACACACCACACCAACAAUCACACGAAACUGCAGCACUACGCUCCGCCGAAGCUAUAUCCCAACUCCUCAUCGAUCGAGCUUCCUUGAAGACAAUAUCACCAUGCUUCUCCUGCGCACUUGCCUUUGCGACUACACUGCAAUUGUCAGCGUACUGCAAAGGUCAAGCUGCCGAGGAAAGCGCAUGCUUGAAAGAGUAUAUACAGGUUUCGCUGAGUGCACUAGAUACGAUGGGAGAGAACUGGAGGAUAGCCAAAGUGGUCAAGGAACAACUUGCGGGUUUUGCGAGGGAAGUGUUCGUACAGCCUGCUCGAGGCCACGCCAUACAGGCGAUGGAGACGAUCAAAGAGCCAUUGACUCUGGGACAUGCGGCGGCAGACGAUGCUUGGUUGUCGGACUUUAUCAACGAUCCAGCCUAUGCGCUGCCCGAGGGUCAGGAAUUAGGUUUCCAGUUAUUACAGUAA